AACAAAAACUUGAAGAACUUAAAAAAGAAUUAAGAGAACUAAACGACAAAUACAAAUCAAUAAUAGAACAAGACUAUAAUCAUAACACUAUUGCACAGCAAUUAAAACACAAUCGACCUUUACAAAUAAUGCAAAAAGUAAUAGAACUAAAGUUAGACUACCUACUCAAAACAAUUUGUGAAGAAAAUAUUGAAAAAGCUAUUGCUCAACUAGAAGUAGAAUACAAAGAAGAAAUAACUAUAUAUACUAUAUACCAAUACGAAUCUUUAAACUAUUGGAAUAAUAUAGCAAACUACGUACAAAGCAGAUAUUACCAAGCACAAGAUUCUGCAAUAUUAAAAGAAGCAAUACGACAAUACGAAAAUUCAUUAUUCAGAGUAUAUAAAGAAAUCACUAGAAAAGAAUUUUUAUUGAUGACACUAGAAAAACAAGAAUUACAGCACAUUUAUUGGAAACUCAAUGCAAAAGAAUGUACUUGUACAUAUCUAGAAAAUAUACUAUUCAACUACCUUACUGGCAACAAAUUUGAUAAUGAAAAUUUAACUCAUUUAGUAACUGUACAAAUAACUAACGACCAAUUAAAAAAAGAAUACCAAAUAUUUGAAUACCUAGAAAAAGUAAAAGAAGUUUUACAAGAAAUCCCAUUAAAAAGAAAUUAUAUUCAAAGAACAAUACAAGACUUAUUAGCAAGAACCAACCCAACUAACGAUUUAAAACUAGAAGCAACACUAAAACUAUUAGAUGCUUCUGUACAAACAGCAGCACUAAUAACUUUUAGCCAAACAACUUAUUGGAAAAAAUUUUUAUAUAACCUAGAACGAUUAGAAAAAGAAUCUAAAAUACCAUUCAGAAUACUUAGAAUACUACAAACUACAUUUGUAUCAGUACAACUACUCUUACAAACACAAGGAGUAACACCAAGUACAUACGAAUUACACAAAUCAAUAAUAACAACUGAACAAAGGUUACAACAAGCUCAUCUAUUAAACAGAGCACACACAAUAUGCAAAGAAAUAGAAACUGCUAAAAGAAUAGAACACACAAUAAUAAAUAAUCCUAGAUAUUAUAGAAGUACUGAUGAAGAUUAUACUGACCAAAUAGAACACCUAACACCAGAAGAAAAAUAUAUAUACCAAGAAAUAUUCUUUAGAAACAUAGAACAUGAAGACUUGUACGAAGAAUAUAGAAAUCAUAUAAAAAGAAAAGAACCAAAAAUAAGAGAAAUAUCAACCCAAUACGAUUUAAAUGACCUCAAACAAUCAAAUCUCUAUUAUACCUCUACAAAAUCAGGAAACAAACCAAUAUACAUUUCUAGAAGAAAUAAUUGA